UUCUAUUGUAUAUAAAGUGUUUCCCAACCUUUAUAGAGCACAUGAGAAAAAUCUCACAGCACACCACCAAACAAACAAAAACAAAACAAAACAAAAAAAAAAUCACAAAAAGUGUAUUCAAGUAUUUAAGUUACGACUUGUCACUCGGUAAAUAUUUUGGCUUGUGUUGUGGGCAAAAAUUUGAUCUAUGAGUGAGCUUCAGUAAUUCUACAACUAGAUGGUGGCAGAGAACGUCACAACAUCCCGUCACCAUCAGUUCGCGUUGGUUACUGGCUGUGUGUUGUUGCAGUGAGUACAGGAGCAGCUGUAUUGUGGUCACGUUUUGUGCAGGUAUUUUGCCAAAUUUCUCUUUUCGUACCAUGGAAAUAAAUAAAUGAAUAAUAAUUUUUAAAAAACAAACACGAAAGUGAAUGCUGAGAAGAAGCGGAUGUUGUCCAUUGAAUUAAAGCAUGAAAUCAGAGAAAACUAUGACUGAGCAGUGCAAAAGAGGCAAAAAAAUUGUGAAUAUUAAGUUUUAAAAAGCUGAAAAAAAUUAUACACUGCAUUUUAUUAUUAUAUUAUUUUUAUGAAAUCUAUUUCUCAUUUUAAAUGUACAUUCCUAUGUUUUUUGAAGCUAUUGGGGGGCUGGAACAGAUGAAUUGCAUCUUCAUUAAUUUCAAUGCUAAUGUUGAUUUUAAAUAUGAGUAAUUUGAGUUAAGAGUGUAGUCACGGAACAUAUUACGCUCGUACGGCACAGUGCCACUGUACAUUGAAAUAAUUAAGUGGCUUUUGCCAAGUAACGUAAAAACAUUUCAAUGUUCUGCUUGCCACUAUACGUUGUUGGCAUAGUUCUAUGAACAAAGAUACAUUAUGAACUGAAUAAGCGAAAUUGGAUAAUUUGGAUAAUUUUGCACAGCACAUCUUCUGAUGUCUUCACAGUGGUUGGAAAUCACUGCGAUAAUAAACUUGAAUAAUUCUUUAAAAAAUAAAAAAAUAAAAAAAUGACGAUCUGCUUCAAUGGGUUUUGUUGUUACAGAUUUGCCCAUACAAUGCAAUCCAGUUUCUGCCAAGGGAAAAACACAUAGUGGAAAAAAGCUCACCUCAAAAACAACCAACGGCCUCACUGAAGCGUGAUUGCCAGGUUGUGAAAGUCAGAUGGUCGCCGCCAUACCAGGCUGCCCCGACCGCACGGCGGGCCUCCAGAAAAGGUUGAGCAAAACCGAGCAGGACAUCCUGUCGCUGAGGACGAGGAUCGCUUGCGAGAGAGCGUCAUGGGAAAGGAAGUUUGCCGAGCUGCAAAGAAAACAGGAGGCGCUCUGCAAUCAGGUCAUCCUUGAGGUUGGAGCACCAAUUAGAGCUGAGCAAAGAGUGGACAAUGGAGACGUUUUUGGCGAGUGCUCAAGCAAAGUGUUCACUGAGUGUCGGCAUCACGACAGAGGGUCUGAUGUUUUAUCUCGACAAAGCCCGUUGUCCUUGUCCCCAGCACCGAGCUCCACAUCAGCCUCUUCCUGCUCCUCAACAACAAGUGUGCGAUCUGCACGAUCUGUGGGACCGCAACGGGUUUUCGUACCCCACUCCCCCAUGGACCUGCACCUCGGCCACCGGGUCAGAAUCAUGCUGCCUUCCGGGCGAAUCAGCACGGGCGCCAUCCGUUUCCUGGGCCACCUGCAGGGGGAGUCAGAGCUCCACCUCGGGGUGGAGCUGCAGACGCCCGAUCACGGCAUGCGGGACGGUCACCACAAGGGACACUUCUACUUUGACUGCAAACCUGGCCAUGGUGCCUUUGUACCAUUUCACAAGCUGCUGAUGGCCUGGGAAUGACCCCCCCCCCCCCCCCCCCGGACGCACAGAACUGGACGACUGACUCAUUUGAAAGAGAUACAGCUUGGAUUCAAUGACUCAUCUUUGUAGUUUUUGUAUAAAAUAUAAAUUGAAGGUACAAGUAGCAGAUGCAAUCGUGUGAGUCUUUGGCAUGUUGACUGCUUGCAGGAAAAUGCAACAUUCAAAAGCCACAUGAUAAUAUCUUACUUCAGUAUCUAUUCAAAACUGGUAGAGAAAAGAAAAGCAAAAGGAUUAAAACUGUCCCUUAGGCACUUUACAAAUGUGGACACGUGUUUAAACGUGAUUGUGCAUCAUUGACCUAUUAGUAACCCGAGGUAAAAACUCCCAAAUGUUCCGGAUUACUCAUUGUUCUUAAUGUCGGCAUGAAGUAAAAUACACCUGCUGACUGUUGAACGUGUAGUUUAAUGCCUUUAGAAUAUGUUAUGAAACUGUUAAAAUGACACACGCGCUGACUCACAAAGGCAUGCACACACACUCUCUCCCUCUUUUCCGAAAUAUUUCUAUGCAAAUAAAUCUGGUCAGUUCACUUAUACCUCUCAUACACUGAAUUCUUCAAACCUGAGUAGAUGCUUGGGCUUCCUGUGGAAUUUCAAUCAUCCAGCAACCCACAUAGGUAUAUUCGCUGCGCUUAUUGCAAACGUCUAUAAUAAACUGACACAUGUUGCGUGA